AAAAAGCCCGUUAUUUAGAGGCACCGGAAAUGAAAAUGAAUGGAAAUGGAAAUGAAGCCUGGAGUGCCCAACGUCGUCGUUGGCUUAAAAGAAUCGUUGGCGUUUCCAUUGUGAGACACCGGGAGUAUAAACAAUCAAACCGGGAGGUGCGGAAGGAGAGAAAAGAAGGAAAGAAAAAGGGAAGAUUUUGACUGAUGAGAAGCAAGCCUCCCGUGAAAAAAAUUAUGAAUGAAGUAAUUAUUAAUGUGCAGCCUGUUUACACAGUUUGGAGAAUGAGUCGAGCGAAACUCUUGACAGUCGGCGAGCACAAAUGAAUUUCAGAAGCAAAAGAGCUCAGCAGUCGAGUCAGGAUUAUUAAUGAACUUGUUGGUGUAAUGUUAUUGGAAACUGGACUCACUCCCAAUUAAUAACUCUGUAAAUAUAAAGCUAUUUAUUACAUUUCUGCAUGGCAGCGCAUCCUUCUUCUGUGUCUGUUCAGAUGCAAAAGAGCCAAGGCUAGACUGAGAAGCCUCCUGUUUCAUGGUCACCUGUAGAGAAAUGGUUGAAACAGCUUUGUUAUUCUUAGGCUCCAUAUGUCUCUCUCUGGCUUUCAGAGUUCUGAAUUACUUAGUCUGCUUUCUGGAGCGGGGCCAAUGCAUUAAGAAUCCUCCAUCGCUCCGUUUCCUAAUUUCUGAAUUUUGUAAAGAAAGAUAGGACAGCCCUCACCUUCCCAUUGUGGACAUGAGUAUUAGGAGAACACAAUCUUGCUAUGGGGAAGUGAGGCCUCCAUGAGAUCUAGCAUGCUCGACAGUAAUGCUUUUGGGAGGGAAUUGGCCUGUGGAGGUGUCCAAAGGAAAUAAACAUUGGAGGGGAAUUAGAGGAAUUCUCUUUAUUAUUUAACAGGGGCAUCAUUCUAGAUUCAGGUAGGUAGCCAUGUUGGUCUGAUGCAGUCAAAAUAAAUAAAAAAAUAAAUAAAAAAUUGUCCCGUAGCACCUUAGAGACCAAUUCCAAACACCCAAACCAUCUUUGAAUAUUUUUUUAAAUCAUCCUUUUUUUAAAAAAAAGAAAUUCAGAAGGAACAGGGUCCAAUUUUAUGGUUCAGGGACAGCCUGGGCAAAAUAGAUACUUCUUCACAAGACAUCUGAAGGAACGAAUAGAUGAUGCUUCACACAAGGCAGAGGGAGGGUCAUUCCACAGAAUAGGGCAAUGGCAGAAAAUAGCUAUUAUGAGGUUUGAAUUUCUCCAAUAUUCUUUGUGACAGAUCUAACCUUGGUAGGGAUAGGUGAAUCUGUCAACGUUGGGAUCUUUCAAUUUCUCAUUUUUCUAGCCCAAAGUUCAGGUUUUUUUUUAAAGUCAUCAUGAAAAUUAAACCAACAUUUUAGUGCAAAUUUCUCCUAAUAUGGAAAUUUCCCAUAUACAUAUACAUAUUUUGGCAGAGCAAUUUUCCCAAACAUGAUGCAUUUUUUUUUUGCCUGUUACUUUCAGUUAUAUAUGUAUUCUAUGCACACUUUGCCACAGUAUAGGCAAUUUUUGUAUACAUCACUUAGCUGGAGAACUGCACUGCAAAAUCUGGAGAAGUGAAAAUCUCGAAGGAUGACUGCGUUUCAGUUUUCGUAUUGUUUCAGGAAGUGCAAAUCAGGUAAGAUCUCCUUUAAAUGCAAGCCAAAUUGAAUCUCUUCCCGUUCCUAAGCCUAGGUGCAGCAAGUGUCCUGCGUGAAGAGUCCCUGUAGGCCAUAACUCAGUUGACUUGCUCACCACUGUACAAAACCUCCUUGCAUGGCAGAAACCAUGCAGUUUGCAAUACUGCCUACAGUUCUGUUCCAUGCACCUCAAAAAGGAGAGAUUACAAGGGGUAAAAAAAGAAUGGAUCUACCAUGCCAUAUUAGAAGCAAAAAAACUUGUUCUGAUGAAUCGGAAGAGCCACAAAAAGAUUCCAUUGAGCACAUGGAUUGACAAUAUGGACAGACUGACCACAUGUCGAUGCAAAUUAAGAAUGGAUAAAUCUGAAGAAAUCUGGAAGGAAUAUGUAAGCGAUAAGGCGGACAGUGGUGGGAAGUAGGGGGAUGAGAGGUGGGGAAAUAUUGUUAAAAAGGUGUCGUCAUAGGUAUACCAGUACUCAAAUCUGAAAUGUUAAAUUGUGUUAUUAGUGUUAUUGUGGUUUUUGUUGUAUGUGUUUUUUGUGGUUGUUGUUUGUAUUGAAAAAGUGAUUAAAUAAAUUUUAAAAAAAAUUGUUGGAAAAGGAUCAUAAUGAUCAAGUGGGUGGAGUGGCUCCCCUAUGAAUAAAGGUUGCUGUGUUGGGGAUUUUUUUUUAGUUUAGAGAAAAGGCAACUAAGGGGAGACAUGAUUGACGUUUAUAAAAUGCCACACAUAGGCACGGGUAAAGCGAAGAGAGAAAAGUUUUUCUUCCUGUCUCAUAAAACUAGAACUCGUGAACAUCCAAUGAAUGUUGAGAGAUUUGGGACAGAUAAAAAACAAGUCCUUCUUCAUGCACACCCUCCAACAUCCCUCAGAUUAAAAUAGGGACAUUUCACUUCUCCCUUCAAAUGACCCUCCUCGACUCCUCCAUUUGUUGUCCUCCCCUGUAGACCAUUUAUACCCCCACUACAGUGGUACCUCAGGUUAAGAACUUAAUUUGUUCUAGAGGUCCGUUCUUAACCUGAAACUGUUCUUAACCUGAGGUACCACUUUAGCUAAUGGGGCCUCCUGCUGCCGCUGCACCGCCAGAGCACAAUUUCUGUUCUCAUCCUGAAGCAAAGUUCUUAACCCGAGGUAAUAUUUCUGGGUUAGCGGAGUCUGUAACCUGAAGCGUCUGUAACCUGAGGUACCACUGUACACCAAUGGGUCACAGUACACACACCCUCCACUGUUCUGAGAAAACCCCUACAUCCCAAUUUUAUUUUAUUCUUUGGUAGUUUGACAAAAAGAAAAACACACAAGGGGGCAAGAUCAGAUGCAGAAACGCAAAGCGUUUUUUCCCUUCAAAACUCAAGACUCCUUGCCCUCUGCUCCACUCCCCCUUUCCCUCCACCAAAAGUGGUCUUGCCCUCUCCCUGCCUCUCAUAUGAGGCUGGGCCUCAAUGGCAAUUGUAACAAAAACUAAUCCAUUCAAAAGUAUGUAUUCUGACAAGGAUUACAAACUCAAAUAGUGUUUACAAACUCAAACUCAUAAGGAUAUGUAUAAUAAUUCGUUACAGUAUUAAAGAUAAGAGUUUAUGAGUAGAGAUAAGUUCAUGUUAGUCCAUGGUAAGAUUUGACGUGAAGAUCUUAGUUUCAAUCGUUGAGCAGAAGUCAAUUAUGGAUCAGAAACCAGGACAGAGCCCUGUUUUGAUGUAUUCGCCUUCAUCAGCUAAUUUUUAAGGGGUCGUGUAAGUUUGAAGAAUUCGUAUGAAUGUAUCCUGUUAUUUUCUAAGCUUCUCAGAAAUAACAACUAAGUGUGGGUAGAUCAACGAGCUGUCCAAGGGAGAAGGUUGGCAGUGGCACCCAUGGAGAGGCCCUGGAGAGGCAACAGGACCUCUCAGCCCCCACUGCCCCCUCUGCAAUCACUCAGAGAAGAAACUCUGGUUCAUCCUUCUCUCUGAGCUUGGCAGGGCUGGCACUGGCAGUGGAAACGGGGACAUUCCAGAGUUCAAUCAGAAGCCGGGAUGUCUUUUGUAAUUCUGGGACUGUCCCUGGAAAAUAGGGACAUUUGGAGGGUACGCUUCAUGCAGUGCUUAGUUAAACUGUCAAACUCCCUCCCAUAGGAAGCAGUGAUGGCUUGGAACUUGGAUGGCUUUAAAAGAGGACAGGGCAAAUUCUUGGAGGCUGUGAUUGCUAUGCCCUGCCUAUCCAUGGUCGGAGGCAGUAGUGCUUCUGAAUACCAGUUGCUGGAAGCCACAGAAGGGGAGAGUGUUCUUGUACUCACGUCUUGCUCGAGGGUUUCCCAGAUGGGGGCAUAUCUAGCUGGCCACUGGGAGGACUGUAUGCAGGACUAAAUGGGUUAUUGGUUGGAUCCAGCAGGCUCUGCUUAUGCUCAGUGACUUCCCCUAGAAAACCGCUUCCUUCUGUUAUCCAUUUCUCAGCAAGGCCAAAUACCACUGGAUUCACCUCUGUCUGCAGCCAGUCAGCAGUCCAGCUGAUCUGAGGAUGCAUAUUUUGUGAAAACAUGACUUUAUUGUCAUCAUCACAGCUCCAGGCAACAGGAAGCUGACAAUAAGAAUAAUUUGUUGGUGGGAUGUUGAUAAAACCCUGGUUAUUGCAAGCCAUAAAUUAAAUGCGGACAUUUUUUUCCUACCUCUCUUUGCCACCCAGGGAGCAAUAUCCACUCACAGCAAACUCCGAGGAGAGGCAGGCAUAUAGAACGAUCCAUCAGCGUCAACAGCCUUACCGAGAAGCCCCAUAAAAAUUAAGGAAUAAUUUUUCAGCACAAUAAAGGGUUUUACGGAUGCUGAAAGAAGGAAGAGCACCAAAGCGUUCCUGCCCUGAGGAGGCGGAUGCACGAGCAGGCGAGAUGGGAGAGGGGAUUUCUUUCCCCGAUUUUAAUUUGCCAGGCUCUUGUAAACAGCAGAUUAAAGGAAGAACAGCAAUUCCAAACAGCCCGCUUGCGUUAGGGAUUCGCUGCCUCAAAAUAACAACAAUUUGCUUAGCGGAUGAAAUGUUCUGGGUGCGGGGGACAGAUGUAACAUUUUAACAGCAGCAUAUUAGCUUCAUCUGCUGGGCUAUGAACCCUGCUUUGAAAGAUGCUUUAUUCAUGGGCCGCCAGACAUGCAAGUCAGGCAUGGGAUCAGCUCUCAGACUUCUGUCUCCCUUUGUGCUCCAGGUGAGCAGCUUAGGAACUGAAGAAUCACAAUGUUGGAAGGGUCCCUGGAGGCCAUCUUUCUCAACCCUGUAGGAAAUCCCAAACCAGAUUUAGGGAAGUAAAUAAAUAAAUAAAAAAAUUGUCCAGUAGCACCUUGUUGCUGUUUAGUCUUUUAGUCGUGUUCGACUCUUCAUGACCCCAUGGACCAGAGCACGCCAGGCACUCCUGUCUUCCACUGCCUCCUGCAGUUUGAUCAAACUCAUGCUGAUCACUUGGAGAACACUGUCCAACCAUCUCGUCCUCUGUUGUCCCCUUCUCCUUCGUCCUCCAUCUUUCCCAACAUCAGGGUCUUUUCCAGGGAGUCUUCUCUUCUCAUGAGGUGGCCAAAGUAUUGGAGCCAAGUCGUAGUGGAGAGUUUGACCAAAUGUGAUCCACCUGGAGCAGGAACCGGCAAGCCACUCCAGUAUCCCUGCCAAGAAAACUCCAUGGAUGCUGGAAGAUGAGCCCCUCAGGUCGGAAGGCGUCCAACAUGCUACUGAGGAAGAGCGGAGGACAAGUACAAGUAGAUUCAGAGCUGAUGAAGCGGCUGGGCCAAAGCCAAAAGGACGCUCAUUUGCGGAUAUGCCUGGAAGCGAAAGGAAAGUCCAAUGCUGUAAAGAAAAAUAUUGCAUAGGAACCCUGAAUGUAAGAACCAUGAACCUUGGUAAAUUGGAUGUGGUAAAAAAAUGAGAUGGCAAGAAUAAAUAUUGACAUCCUGGGCAUCAGUGAACUAAAAUGGACGGGAAUGGGUGAAUUCAAUUCGGAUGACCAUCUUAUCUACAACUGUGGGUAAGAAUCCCGUAAAAGAAAUGGAGUAGCCCUCAUCGUCAACAAAAGAGUAGCACCUUAGAGACCAACGACGUUUGUUCUGGGUAUAAGCUUUCGUGUGCAUGCACACUCCUUUAGGGAGUUGGUUCUCCUAGCGCAGGGGUGGGAAACUCUCCAAAAGCCUUUGUCUGGCCCUUGGGACUCUUCCCAAGUCGCACCCCUCAAUGACUUUGCUAUGCAUGCUCCCCAAGAGCUUUUGUCUAUCUGGGAUGUGUCCCUGAACUGUGAGCAGGUCUGGAUGGAGGAAGAGGAGGAUGUGUCUCUCUGAAAGUCUCACUUUUACAUCGCUGAAAUGUGGCCAACCGCACAAAGAGAAGAAUCCCACCCAAUGCUCCUCCCACUUUUGACUCUGGCCCCGCCCAUCACUGGCAUGCACCCCCCAGAAGGUGAGCAACAAGGGAAUGUGGCCCUCAGGCUGAAAGAAAGGUUGCUGCCUCUGCCCUAGUGAGAAGACCCUGCUAGACUGCUCUCCUCCUCUCCACCUUUCCACCAUGAGAACAGGGUGCUGGACUAGACAGGCCACUGACCUGAUCCAGCAUACUCUUAUGUUCUUUUGUACGUCAUCAUCUAAUACUGCAGCUUUACACAGUGGUACCUCGGGUUACAGACGCUUCAGGUUACAGACGCUUCAGGUUACAGACUCCGCUAACCCAGAAAUAGUACCUUGGGUUAAGAACUUUGCUUCAGGAUGAGAACAGAAAUUGUGCAGCGGUGGUGCGGAGGCAGCAGGAGGCCCCAUUAGCUAAAGUGGUGCUUCAGGUUAAGAACAGUUUCAGGUUAAGAACGGACCUCUGGAACGAAUUAAGUUCUUAACCUGAGGUACCACUGUAGUAAACAUCUUGUAGAUGUCAAGCAGGCCUCUUGCAACCCUUACAGUCUAUUGCACAGGCAGAAUUUGAAAUCAGGUCACUUUGUUCUGCCUCGGUGUACUUUUUUAUUAUUAUUAAAAAAUUGAACUUUCUUUUUGCUUUUUUGUAACGGAAAUUGAAUAGGUGCACAAGAUGUGGACAUUUGGCUGACUUGCAGUGCACAGAUCUUUCGAAGCAAGGGAGGAAAACGGAAGCCUCCAGCAUAGGAAAAUAAAGGUUUUAAGAUAUUAGUUUUAGGCACGGCUCAUCCAGAGAUCAUGCUGUUUGACUCUGCCUUCCUCUUUGCUCUCCCAGUGUAAGUUUUCCCACUCCUGGUCUUCAGUCUCAGACUUCACUACUAUUUAGCACAUCAACAUAAGAAGAGCCCUGCAGCUAGAUCAGUCCAAAGACCCAUCUAGCUUAGCAUCCUGUUCUUACAGCAGCCAACCAGAUGCCCCAACAGGAAUCUAACAAACAGGGCUUGACAACAACUCCACUUCUUUGUGUUUGCCAGCAGAGGCAUAGUGUCUCCAGCAGUGGAGAUGGAGCAUAGCAAUCUGCAAAAUGUUGCAGUUGUACACUUGCAAGAUUAGCUUAAAUGUUGAUGAUGUAUAUAUUUUGGAGAAGGGAGUUGGACUAGAUGACGCUUUUAGUCCCUUCCAGCUCUACAGCUCUAUGGGAGCCUUCUCUUCCAUGACUGUGUCUAUUAUAAGGCCUAGAGAAAACACUAGUAGUGAUGUGUGCAUGACCACCUAGCAGUUGAAUGGGAUUGUGAACCCCGUUUCCUGGGUUCCUGCUCAGCACCCUCUCUGUUACCCCAGGCUAACUCUCCAGCUGCCAUGGAGAGUCUUGUAGAAAGGGAACGUGUCCUCUUUAUGGCCUUUCACGUGAUUGAGCUAAUGUGGUAUUUAUUUAUAUGGCAGCCUCAACCAGGGGGUGACCAAGUCUUUUGCUUCACACCGCACAUCCCUUGCCCCUUGCUCUCCUUCUGUAAGCUAUUCCUUUCUUUAAAAGUUGCUUAAAGCCCAGUUGGCUACACUAUUCAAUUCAGUGAUGGUGGGACUCCACCCAACCCACCACCUUUAUCUCCCAGAAUCAUCUCUCUGUCUAUAAAUUAACAUAUGCAUACAUGUGUCAUGGGAUGAUGCCCUGAAUUCUUAGGUACUACUCAACACUACUGGCUUCAACUCAAUCUCAUUUUAAGGUGCAAGUCUUGUGUAGUGGUUAGAGUAUUGGACUAGGACCCAGGAAACCAGGGUUUGAAUCCCCACUCAGCUCAUAAAAUUUCCUGGGUGAUCUUAGGCCAGUCACUGCCUCUCAGCUUAACCUACCUUAUGGGGUUGUUGGGAUUAAACAAGGACUAGGAUCAGGGAGACCAGGGUUCUAAUGUCUCCACUUAGCCAUCAAGCUCACUGGGUGUGAUGUGACUUUGGGCCAGUCACUGCCUAUCUCUCAUAGGGUUGUUGUGGGGAUUAAAUGAAGAAGAGGAGAACCAUGUAUGCCACCUUGAGUUCUUUGGAGAAAAAGGUGGGAUAGAAAUACAAUAAAUAAAAUAAAAUUCACAGCCUUUUGAAUGUAUGUGAUGAGGAAAAAUAUACAAUAUACAAAUUUAUUAGGUAAUAAAUAAACUUCAGAGCAAGCUCUGAGACAGAAAGAAGAAAAUCAAGAGGAAGAUCUGCAUCCUUUGCAAGCUAGUAGGAGAUGGUGGAGCAUCUGUCUUCUACAAUCCCGGUCCUCGGAGUAUAAUGAGAUGAAAGUGGAAGAGGGGAGCCCUGUUCUCUGACAUGCCUCUGUAUUGUGGCUAGUUAAACCAUCAUCUGUGGUGACAGUAAAGGCCCAGUCUGACGUGGAUUGCACUGCCUGCCACUUCCUCUCAGUGGUGACCUCAUGCAUCACUGCAGGAUCCCACAGGACAAGCUUCAUGCAAAGGCAAAAGUUCUCCUGAGAACCUUGAACGAGGAUUGCUUUCAAAAAGUAUCUGAGCCGUGGAAGAAGGACUGCUUGAUGUUGCUCUGGAGAAUAAUUUUUCAUGACAAAUUGCUCUUGUAAUUGGCCCAGCUCCUGCCCUGCUCUGAGUUUCAGACGGCUUCCUCAGAAACCAAAGAAUGGGAAGAUGGAAACCUCUUAAAGAGUGGGAUUUUGUAGGGAAAGCGCCAGGGCAAAGGAAAAGAGAAUGCUCAGUCAUGGAGCUUUAAAGCUCGAAUCUAUGCCUGGAAAGUGAGGGGCAAAAGAUAAGUGUGAAUAAGCCCUAAGUCAGCAGACCAGAGUCUUAGUGCUCUGUCUGUUGUGGUCCUGAUGGCAUUUCUCUGUCAUCCUAGACACCGGAUCAAGUUGUUGUGAAUGCUGCUUCCUAACUGUACAUCUUAAACAGCAUCUUAAAAAGCAGAGACAUCACCUUGCCAACAAGGGUCCGUAUAGUUAAAGCCGUGGUUUUCCCAGUAGUGAUGUAUGGAAGUGAGAGCUGGACCAUAAAGAAGGCUGAUCACUGAAGAAUUGAUGCUUUUGAAUUAUGGUGCUGGAGGAGGCUCUUGAGAGUCCCAUGGACUGCAAGAAGAUCCCACCUCUCCAUUCUUAAGGAAAUCAGCCCUGAGUGCUCGCUGGAAGGACAGAUCCUGAAGCUGAGGCUCCAAUACUUUGGCCACCUCAUUAGAAGAGAAGACUCCCUGGAAAAGACCCUGAUGUUGGGAAAGAUGGAGGGCACAAGGAGAAGGGGACGACAGAGGACGAGAUGGUUGGACAGUGUUCUCGAAGCUACCAGCAUGAGUUUGACCAAACUGCGGGAAGCAGUGGACGACAGGAGUGCCUGGUGUGCUCUGGUCCAUGGGGUCACAAAGAGUCGGACACGACUAAACGACUAAACAACAACAACAAGCUGUACAUACCUAAAUCAACCUGGGCUGGAUGGACUCUCAAGGGCCAUUCCCUGCCAUUUGCUGUUCUACUCUGCUGACCUCUGUUUCAGACAGAAUAAGAACAGCCUCUUUAUGUAGCCCCUACUGCAGAUUUUCCAGAGGCCAUUUGUGUGAAAUGCUAAUUGGAGCUAGUUGUCUAAACUGGGAGCUGUCCAUGGUUCUGUACUGGGUGGGAGCUGUCCAUAGUGCUGUAGAUCUUGUACCUGGCUGACUCCCUACAUGACAUAGUUACAGGUAGGUAGCCAGACAACAUCAUUACUGGCCUCAUCAACAUCAAACAUACCAUCUCAGGACUAUUUAAUUGCUCAUCUUCUAACAUUGUGUAUGCCAUCAAAUGCCAACAGUGCCCUUCAGCUCUCUAUAUUGGACGAACAGGACAAACCCUAUGCCAAAGGAUAGGUAAAGGUAAAGGUACCCCUGCUCGUACGGGCCAUUCUUGACAGACUCUAGGGUUGUGCGCUCAUCUCACUCUAGAGGCCGGGAGCCUGCGCUGUCCGAAGACACUUCCGGGUCACGUGGCCAGCGUGACGAAGCUGCUCUGGCGAGCCUGCACCAGCGCAGCACACGGAACGCCAUUUACCUUCCUGCUAUAAAGCAGUACCUAUUUAUCUAUUUGCACUUUUAAGGGUGCUUUCGAACUGCUAGGUGGGCAGGAGCUGGGACCGAACGACGGGAGCUCACCCCGCCGCGGGGAUUCGAACUGCCGACCAUGCGAUCGGCAAGUCCUAGGCACUGAGGUUUUACCCACAGCGCCACCCGCGUCCCUAUGCCAAAGGAUAAAUGGACAUAAAUCUGACAUUAGGAAUCACAAGACAGAGAAACCAGUAGGAGAGCACUUUAAUCUCCCAGGACAUUCUGUACAAGAUCUCAAAGUAGCUUUUUUAUUACAAAAGAAUUUCUGAAAUAGACUGGAAAGAGAAGUUGCUGAAUUGCAACUUAUUACCAAACUUAAAACCAUGGAGAGACCUGGUCUGAAUAGAGACAUUGGAUUCUUAUCUCAUUAUACAUGAUAAAGCUAUUUUUAGCCAUCUCACCCCUUGCUUUUUCCUAUAAGACCAAUUGCGUGGCGAGUUCCCGCCCCCCACCAGGAUAAAUAAAGACACGAGACACCAUAGCUUAAGGUUAAAUGGGCGAAUUAGGCCACAACUUUAUUGAAUUCAGGAAUGAGAGGCAUUGGCUUAGGCAUUGGUCCUAACGACUAUCCGGCUCCAGCCCAUUUGCUGGAGACAAGGGAAGGGUUAACACUAUAUCGGGGGAGUCUCCUGCCAAGGCACGUCGACUAGGAGCUCCCCCGGGUCACCGCUCAGGGGCGUGCCUUUGGCCCACACUUCCAUAGGCUUCGGACAGGGCCACGCCCCCCGGAGUCCUUUAACGGACCACCCUUCGCUCACUGGGGGGAGGUGAUGGCGUUCCUCCCCCCCCCAUCCUCUUAACCCCUUCUUACCAAUGCCUACCGCCAAUGCCGAAGAGUUGUGACGAGUUGCUACGGGGUAGGCGAAAAACCAAAUGGCUGUAAAUUGCCAAUUGGGAAAAAUUCCUACCAUGCCCCAUGUGGUGACAGACCGAAGUCCAUAGCAAAGUCAGAGACCUACAUAAAGCCCACCUAAAGGGAGGGAAGGUGGGAAAACGUGGGGGCUAGCCGGCGAAAAGAGGGCGAGCCCCCUCCGUGCUGGCCCUAAAUAGGGCAGACCCCCUGCUCUCGCGGGGGCUGAAACCAGCCCCCGCUCACGUGGGGGGUGGGCGUGAAGCCCGCAACCCCACCUCCUGGGCAGGCCGGAAGUGGCUUUGCAGUCAUUAACAAUCGUCAACAGGUUUACCACACCUAUCAGCCAAUCACCCAUUCCCACCACCCUUCUGAGUAAUACCCCAUCCCACCCUCUCACUAUGUAUCAGGGUCUGGUGACUUCUGUUUCAGUGUAUCUUUAUUUAUUUAUUUAUUUAUAAAGAAGAAGAGUUUGGAUUUGAUAUCCCACCUUUCACUCCCUUUAAGGAGUCUCAAAGCGGCUAACAUUCUCCUUUCCCUUCCUUCCCCACAACAAACACUCUGUGUGGUGAGUGGGGCUGAGAGACUUCAAGGAAGUGUGACUGGCCCAAGGUCACCCAGCAGCUGCAUGUGGAGGAGCGGAGACGCGAACCCAGUUCCCCAGAUUACAAGACUACCGCUCUCAACCACUACACCACACUGGCUCUCAUGUUUCAGUGUAUCUGAAGAAGUGUGCAUGCACACGAAAGCUCAUACCAAUAACAAAUUUAGUUGGUCUCUAAGGUGCUACUGGAAGGAUUUUUUUUAUUUUGUUUCCCUACCUGACCAAUGUCUGUGACCUCUCACUUGUAUGUGUGCAGGCCCACAGAUUAAAGUUAGGAACUCCUGCUGGCCAAAACUGGAUAGGUAGAUGGAUAAAUAAGAUUUGGUUUCAUGCCACUCAAGGAUCAUACAGUAGCAAAGGUGCCUCUGUUUAUUUUUCUGCGGGAGGCCCAAUUCGUUGCACAGCCUGUGAGCUUUUUCCAAAUGACUAAUCAAUUAUUCUUUAUUAGGUUCAUUCCCUUCAUUAGUCAUUUCUUCAAUGCCUUCCAUGCUUCAUUAGCCCCUUCUCAAGUAAAAGUGGAUUUCAAGAGCUACAAAGCACUGGAUAAUUUAUUUUAUUGAGCAAUUUAUUUUCUGGGUACAUUUUUAAAGGUCAAUUAAUCAAUCUAAAUGGAAGGGUGAAGUCUGGCUCACCAUGGAGCUUCUGCCUUGAAGGAAGGGAGAUUGGGAAGUAUACACUCAUUGGCUUAUUCCCCCACCAAAAUAAAUAAAUAAAUAUGCUCUACACACCUGGGUAUUGCAAAAGACACAUUAAGAAAUGAGAUUGCUUUAUUGUGUCCUGAACCUGGAAUGGCACUUUCACAAUUAGCAGUGAUUAGGUGCAUCAUUAAGUAGACUGCUGGCUUCUUGGGUGAAGCAAAAUAGGAUAGUAUACAUGACAAAAUGGAGAUGGGAAAAGAUGCAAGACAACCUUUAAAGAAAUGUAGAGCUUGCUCAUGGCGAAAUUACACAUUAUAGCUGAUGGGAAGGGGAGUUGCCACUGCAAGAAGACCCCCCCCUUCACUGCAUUGGUCCUCUGUAGCAUUGAGCCGGGCAAGAGGAUAUUGUUGCAUUCUGAAUUUGUGAAGCCCAUGAGGCAGAUCAGGGCAAGGAAUCUUUGAACACGAUCAUGUCACAUCACACAUUUUACUUACCCCUCCCAAUAAUCACAUAAAAAAGCAAACUGCUUAUGGAUUUUGCAUGGUAAGCAAAUAUUAUGAACAAAGUAAAUAAUAAAUAACUGCGAUAUCAAUCCAACAGCAAGUCACAAAAUGCAAAUGCCAAAGAUCUUAAGGCAUCAAAAAUUUAGAAUCGCAUUAAAUUCAAUUAACCCAACCUUCCACAAACUGUUGUCCUCCAAAUCUGGCUGUUGUUGUUAUUUUAAUUUUUUAUCCGGCCCUUCCUUCCAAUGGAGCCCAUGGUGGCAAACACAUCAAAUAUAUAUAUUCAUUUUUAAAAAGCAUUCUCUAACCAGUUGGAAACAUUCUCUCAACCAGAGAUUUCAGGGUUGCUUUCAAAUUCAUCCUGGAAAGUAAUAAUGAUGGAGAUGGAUAAUCUUGCCAGGUAGGGCAUUCCACAAAUGGAGAAUUGCCAUGGUAGAGUCCCUGUCAUGGGCCAAUGCUAACUGAGUAGCCCUUUGUGGCACUACUGCCACUAACGCCUCAACUGCUGAUUGUAGGGUCUGAGAAGUCUCUGGGGAAAUAAUUUUUUGUUUCUCCCUGUCUCAUAACACCAGAACUCGCCUACACCCAGUGAAGGGUGUUGGAAGGUUCAGGACAGAUAAAAUUAAAGUCCUUCUUCAUGCAACACGUGAACUGCAGGAACUCAUUCCUGCAGGAGGCAAUGACGGCCAACAACCUGAAUUGUUUCAAAAGAGGAUUAGACAAAUUCAUGGAGAUUAAGGCUAUAAAUAAAAGGGACACGGGUGGUGCUGUGGGUUAAACCACAGAGUCUAGGACUUGUUGAUCAGAAGGUCAGCAGUUUGAAUCCCCGUGACGGGGUGAGCUCCCAUUGCUUGGUCCCUGCUCCUGCCAACCUAGCAGUUCAAAAGCACGUCAAAGUGCAAGUAGAUAAAUGGGUACUGCUUCAGCGGGAAGGUAAACGGCGUUUCCGUGCACUGCUCUGGUUCGCCAGAACUGGCUUAGUCAUUCUGGCCACAUGACCUGGAAGCUGUACGCCGGCUCCCUCGGCCAAUAAAGCGAGAUGAGUGCUGCAACCCCAGAGUUGGCCACAACUGGACCUAAUGGUCAGGGGUCCCUUUACCGUGUACCUAAGGCUAUAAAUGGCUACUAGUCACAAUGCCUAUGAUUUACCUCCAUUGCCAGAAGUAUAAUGCCUCUGAAUGCCAGUUUCUGGGAACUGCAGGAGGGGAGAGUGUUCUUGUACACCACAGUGGUCUAGCAACUUACACAUUUAACUUGCAGGAGUUCAGCUUUACGUGGUUGGCGGCCCGUGGUUGAAAUCUCACAAGUGAAACAUUUGGAAGGGAAAGAGCUUAAAAGCACUUUUUGCACAGGGGUUUCCCAUCACAGAAAGUGCUUUUAAGGUCUCAGACUUGCUUACUAGGCUCUGAAGAUGGUUCAGAAAAUUCAGCAGCUGGGAUGCUCACCAGGACAAAAUGGUUUGAGCAUAUUACACUGAUCCUCGCCUGCCUGUGCCAGCUGCCCAUUAGUUUCUGGGCUCUAUUCAAAGUGCUGGUGUUGACCCAUAAAGCCUUAAACAGCCCAGGACCACAGUAACUCAAGGACUGCCUCUUCCCAUAUGAACUGACCCAGACCCUGCAAUCAUCAUCUGAGGCCCUUCUUCAUGAGAAUGGGCCUUUUCUGUGGUGACUCUCCAUUUGUGUAAUGCUCUUUCGAGGAAUGCUCGCCUGGCGUCUUCAUUGCAUAUCUUUAAGUACCUUUGGCUGAUGAAAUACUCUAGGGCCCUUCAAAUGUGUUUGUGGGAGGGGGUGUUGUUGUUGUUUAUUUGUAUGCUGCCCAUUAUCAUCAUCAUUAUCAUCUCUCUCUCAUCUAUAUCUAUCUAUCAUCUAUCUAUCUAUCAUCUAUCUAUCUAUCUAUCAUCUAUCUAUCUAUCUAUCUAUCUAUCUAUCUAUCUAUCUAUCUAUCUAUAUCUAUCUAUCUAUCUAUCUAUCUAUCUAUCUAUCUAUCUAUCAUCUAUCUAUCUAUCUAUCUAUCUAUCUAUCAUCUAUCUAUCUAUCUAUCUAUCUAUCUAUCUAUCUAUCAUCUAUCAUCUAUCUAUCUAUCAUCUAUCUAUCUAUCUAUCAUCUAUCUAUCAUCUCUCUCUCUCUAUAUCUAUCUAUCUAUCUAUCUAUAUCUAUCUAUCUAUCUAUCUAUCUAUCUAUCUAUCUAUCUAUCAUCUCUCUCUAUAUAUAUCUUUCUAUCUAUCAUCUAUCUAUCUAUCUAUCUAUCUAUCUAUCUAUCUAUAUCAUCUAUCUAUCUAUCUAUCUAUCUAUCUAUCUAUCUAUCUAUCAUCUAUCUAUCUAUCUAUCUAUCUAUCUAUCUAUCUAUCUAUCAUCUAUCUAUCUAUCUAUCUAUCAUCUGUCUAUCUAUCUAUCUAUCUAUCUAUCUAUCUAUCAUCUAUCAUCUAUCUAUCUAUCUAUCUAUCAUCUAUCUAUCUAUCUAUCUAUCUAUCUAUCUAUCUAUCUAUCAUCUAUCUCUAUCAUCUAUCUAUCUAUCUAUCUAUCUAUCUAUCUAUCAUCUAUCAUCUAUCAGCUAUCUACAGUAUAUCUAUCUGUAUAUGUCUGUUGCUUCAUAGAAAUGUUGCUCCAUCCCUUUGAUCAAUUUGGUUGUCCUUUUCUGAACCUUUUCCAACUCCGCAAUAUGCUUUACAAAGUUAAGUGACAAUAACUUACAGUACCUUGUACACAGUACAAUGGUACCUCGGGUUACAUAUGCUUCAGGUUACAUACACUUCAGGUUACAGACUCCGCUAACCCAGAAAUAGUACCUCGGGUUAAGAACUUUGCUUCAGAAUGAGAACAGAAAUUGUGAGUAGCGGCGCAACGGCGGCAGGAGGCCCCAUUAGCUAAAGUGGUGCUUCAGGUUAAGAACAGUUUCAGGUUAAGAACAGACCUCUGGAACGAAUUAAGUUCUUAACCCGAGGUACCACUGUAUUAUCCCAAAUGUGUUGCACCACAUACCGGGAUAACGGCAUUAUGAUAUCAGCAGUUUUAUUUUCAAUUCCUUUCCUAAUUCCCCCUAGCAUGGAUAUUCUGCUUGGCUGAGCAUGCUCUUUUGGUUAAUCACCACCCUAAGCUUUUAAAACUAACCCAUAGCUGGCUGCUGUAGAGUCAACCGGCAUAGCCUGCUGUAAUGGUGUGGGUGUCAACAAGUGCGUCCCUCUUUUAUUCCCCAAUUUUUCACCCUGCAAACAGGUAGGAAGCAGGGAUGCAGGUGGCCCCUGGCUAUUGCAAGGGCCGGUCCCAUGACCUCCUUGCUGCCCUCACUCCAAAUGUAAGAGGGAACGGAUGUGGGGGCGGUUGCUGUGAUGGCCCUUUUAUGGCUGUUUUAAAGCUCAACAGGCCGGAGAGAUUUAAUCAUCACAGCUUGUGAGAUGGGAUGGAACGCAAUAAGCAUCUGUGGCUUUUAGGAGGAGUGUCAUUGGAGAAGGAAAGCAGAGCCAAGACCUGGGCUGUCCCAAUAAAAUCUCUCAAGAGUGGGCAGAGCCUAAUGGGAUGCCUCGUUUUGUGGGGAGACUCAAGAGUCUCCAAAAAGCUUGAAAUGGUAAAGGGAAAUCCUGCCGUCCUUUCCCCACUUUGGCACUACUCCCAUGUUUUUAUUUCUUUAAUUUUCCUUUGCGAUUGCAAUAGGGAAGAAGAAGAAAAACAGAUACGAAUAGUGGCAGUGAUUGCUAAAACAAAGCAACAAUAGCAAUCCAUUUGCCAGUUGACACUGAGAAGAAGAAUAUUCCACCAAUCCUGUUUUAAGCAUGCACAUUGAUAUCAGCGGUCCAAUGAGGUGAAUCUCCACAACCCCUUCCAUCUGCACUUAGAAAUACAGGAAGCUGCCUUAUCACGAGUCAGGCUAUUAGCAUAUCUAGUUUAGUGCUGCUGACUUUGGCCAGCAGUGUCUCUCCCUUGGGCCCCUCUUUCACCUGCUGUUAGGCGUUCAGUUCUCUUGAUAUGGCAUUUGACGCUAGCAGGUUAGUGAAAACAAGACCUUAUUGCUUUACUUGUUACAUUUAUCUUCACCUUUUCCUCCAAGGAGCUCAAGGUGGUGUCCAUGGUUCUCUACUCCUCAUUUUUAUCCUCACAAGAACCCCAUGAGGUAAAUUAGGCUGAGAAGCAGUGACUACUCUGUCAGGUCCUGGUCCAACACACUAACCAUUAAGCCACCCUGGCUUUAAAGAGUCAAGCCAUUGGUCCACCCAACUCAAUAUUGUCUACGCUGAUGGACAGCAGCUCUACCUGGAGAUGCUGGGGAUUGUACUGUGAUCUUCUCCAAGCAGGGCAGCAAUUCUCCUACAGCACUACAGCCCUUCCUCUGAAAAUAAGACAAGAGUCUAGCCUCCAUGGUUCUGAAUAAAGGACUGAUUUAAAUAAUGAUGUAAGGAACUGCCUCAAAAGGAAUUGGUCCAUUGGUUCAUGUAGCUCACUGGCUGGCAGAAGCUCUUUGGGAUUUCAGAGAAGGGAGGACCCUUCCCUGGCCUUCUGCAUGCAAGGCAUGUGCUCUGCCACCAAGCUAUAGCUGCUCGGUCAAAUAUAAUUCCUCAGCAACAUCAGCCUUAGCCGAAAGAACAGAUACAGGAGGCCUGAGGGCCUACAAGCCCAAGUAGAUGUGAUGUAAAUGGCUUCAUAUGUCAUCAUCAAUGUUUACCUUCCGACACAGGAUGAUGAUAAUAAUAAUAAUAAUAAUACAGUGGUGCCUCGCAAGACGAAAUUAAUCCGUUCCGCGAGUCUCUUCGUCUAGCGGUUUUUUCGUCUUGCAAAGCAACCCUAUUAGCGGCUUAGCGGUAUUAGCGGUUUAGCGGCUAUGAAAGGCUUAGCGGCUUAGCUGCUAAAAGGCUAUUAGCGGCUUAGCGGCUUAGAAAAAGGGGGGGGAGCGAAAAAAAAAUCUCAAGACUCGCAAGACAUUUUCGUCUUGCGAAGCAAGCCCAUAGGGAAAUUCAUCCUGCGAAGCAACUCAAAAACGGAAAACCCUUUCGUCUAGCGGGUUUUCCGUCUUGCGAGGCAUUCGUCUUGCGGGGCACCACUGUAAUAAUAAUAAUAAUAAUAAUAAUAAUAAUAAUAAUAAUAAUUUAUUUAUACCCUGCCCAUCUGGCUGGGUUUCCCCAGCCACUCUGGGCAGCUUCCAACAAAAUAUUAAAAUACAGUAAUGCAUCAAACAUUAAAAGCUUCCCUGAACAGGGCUGCCUUCAGAUGUCUUCUAAAAGUCUGGUAGUUGUUAUUCUCUUUGACAUCUGGUUGGAGGGCGUUCCACAGGGCGGGCACCAAUACCGAGUAGGCCUUCUGCCUGAUUCCCUCUAACUUGGCUUCUCGCAGUGAGGGAACUGCCAGAAGGCCCUCGGUGCUGGACCUCAGUGUCCAGGUAGAAUAAUGGGGUGGAGACUCUCCUUCAGAUAUACUGGACCGAGGCCGUUUAGGGCUUUAAAGGUCAGCACCAACACUUUGAAUUGUGCUCGGAAACGUGAAUUGUGAUAGGACCCUAAGUUUGAAUUCUGUCAUGGAAGAAAGGUGGGAUACUAAUGUAAGAAAAGCAAAAAGAUAAUUCAUAGGAUCCUAGAAUUGUAGCACUGGAUAGGACCCCUAGGGCCAUCUAGCCCAACCCUGUGCAAUGAAAGAAACAUAACUAAAUAAUCCAUGGCAGAUGGCCAUCCAACCUCUGUUUAAAAGCCUCCCAUGAAUUCAGAAGGUGGGAUAGCACACUUUGCAAACACGUGAAGAGGACUGCUUUGUGUGUUCACAAAGGCUGUGCAACCCCCCAACCUCCUCUUUUUUCCUUAUUAUUUUCCAUUAGUUAAUAAGAAAAGGCACUGCAUUGGAAAAUUAUCAAAGUGAGGCAUCUGGGCUGACAUUCUCAUGGAUGGUAUGAAGAGUUUGUGUAGCUCUUACCUAAGUUUCUGGGUGGCCGAAGGUUCAUAAACUUCCUUCCAAAUCACCACUCUGCAACCAUGCCAAAUCCCAACACUUCCUAAAAAAGCCACCCUUGGCAGAUGUGUCCUGUAAGCACAGGAAGGUGAGAAACUUGUCAACCAUGUGUCCGACAGGGUGUCAAUUUCCUUGAAAAAGAAGAAGAAGCUAAGUCUCUUUUACUUUUGAAGAAAGCAGUGUGGAAAGAUUUUUCCUCAAAUGUCAAAUAAACAAAUAAACAAAAAAGCUAGAGUUACCUGGGAAUUCUUUAGUUCCCCAUAAACCAUAGAAUCAUAGAAUUGUAGAGCUGGAAGGGACCCCAAGGGUCAUCUAGUCCAACCCCCUUCAAUGCAGGAAUCACAGCUAAAGAACCUCUGAUGGAUGGCCAUCCAACAUCUGCUUAAAAAUGAAGGAGAGUCCACCAGCUUCAAGGGAGUCGAACAGAUCUUAACAUUAGGAAGUUCUUCCUAAUGUUUUGUCUAACCAAUUAAAGCGCAGGUAACUCCUCACAUGAAGAAGGGUCAUAGUUCAGCGGCAGAGCACCAGCUUUGCAUGCAGAAGGUCCCAAGUUCAAGCUUCUGGCGGUUCCCUCACUGCGAGAAGUGAGGUUACAGGGAACCAGGCACAGGGCCUUCUCGGUAUCGGCACCUGCCCUGUGGAAUGUCUUCCCAUUAGAUGUCAAGGAAAUAAGCAACUAUCCUACUUUUAAAAGACAUCUGAAGGCAGCCUUGUUUAGGAAAGUUUUUAAUGUUUAAUGCUACAUUGCAUUUUUAAUAUUCGGUUGGGAGCUGCCCACAGUGGCUGGGGAAACCAGCCAGAUGAGUGGGGUAUAAAUAAAAAAUUAUUAUUAUUAUUAUUAUUAUUAAUUAUUAUUAUUUUAUUAUUUAAAGCCUUGGCUUUUUCAGGAAGAACUGUGAGGUAUUUCCUCUCUGACACUGUGAAGAGCAGUCAGUGUAGACAAUACUGAGCUAGCUGGAUCAAUGGUCCGAGUCGGUAUAAGGCAGCUUCCUAUUUGAAUCAGUCCUUUAUUCUCAACUAUGGGGACUGGAAUCUUGCCAUCUUUUUGGUAGGGGAAGGGCCAUAACUCAUUAACAGAGCUAUCUCUCUUCUGGUAGCUCACCGAUAAGAAUUAACGAGCAUAUGGUAGAUUUAUAGUCCUUUUAUUUCAGCAUUAUGUUACAAGCACAAACAGGCAACCCUCCGCAAGGAUAUCAGUUGCCUACUCUGACUCCUCCUCACUUCCGCAGGAAGAAACACGUCAAUGGGAAGAACCUCCCCCCUGUGUCUCCUUUGUUCUCUGACAUGCUUGGACCUCUGAGUUUGGGGGGAGGGAGGGGGUUCCCCCCACUCUUGAUUGAUGUGUCACUCAGCUGCUCCCUCCCUUCUGGUUGCUUAGCUACUAUCUCAUAGCUGGGUAGCUCCUCUCUCAACUGUGCAGCUUCUCUGUCUGCCUGUCUCUCUGUUUCUGAAAAUGCUGGACUUGGGGUGGAUGGGUGAAUAUUCCCCCUCCUCUUCUGUUAGGAGCUGAUCUCCCUGCGAUUGCAUUCCCCAAACUUCCAAUCCAGACCAGCCCCUGACAUGUAUCCUGUUAUAAGUUGUGGUGUAUGUACAGGAAUUCAGGUAUUCAUAUUCUCUUUUUGGGAGUCUCUGGGCAAAUUUAAAUAACAAAAAGAAAUUUAUUUAUUUCUUUUCUUUUAAAAAAAUAAUCUUAUCAUUUUUAUUUUGUAGGGGAAGGGCUAUAGCUCGUUGGCAGAGCAGCUGCUUUGGAUGCAGAUCUUCCGCCAGCGAAGAAAACUUCUGGAAAAUGGGAGGAUAUAUUUCAGUAAGCAGGUUUAACACCACUGAAACACCAGUGUAGUUGUAUCAAAUGUCACAAUUGCAUGAGUGGAUGGCAAAUUUGAGUAGGGUAGAGUGCAGUCUAGUUAAGUUUUGGAAACUGGAAAUAGAGGGUAUCCUGUGAUAUCUCUGGAGAAAUUCAUAAUAAUUACGAAGCAAAUAAUGCAUUUAUCAAAUGUGAUCCUUGAUUGUAAUUAAGUUCUAAGCAGUGUUGUGCAAGGAAUGUGAGUCCCUUGAUUGAGUUGAAUGUAAUUGGAGCUGUAAAUACCAUCAUAAUGUUAUUUAUUAGUUUUGGAACAUACAUCCCUAUGCUUGAAACAAAAUAAAAUAAAUGAACAUGUCACAUCCAAAACAUUAUACAAAUGGAAUAAAGAGGAGGCACCAUUACAAUAAAAAUGAGUCAACGCAGUGAGAAAAUUCCUCUAUAAAAAGGGGCUAAGGAUUCAGAGAAAACAAUCCAUUUGUAAGACUUAGUGGGCAUUCCAUACGUCUACGCGGAAAGGUUGGGUGCUACAACUGAAAAGUCCUUACACUUUAGGGAGGGGCCCCACCAUGUAUCCCUGGCACACAGAGUGCAGACCAUGAGAUUAACAUGAGACAACAGUGUGAUGCAAUAGCAAAAAACAUUUAUGCAAUUCCAGGCUGCAUGUAGUGUGUCCAGAUCAAGGCAUGUAGUAGUAUCACUCAAUUCUGCCUUGGUCAGACCCCACCUGGAGUCCUGUGUCCAGUUCUGGGCAUCCCAGACUAAGAAGGAUAUUGAUAAGCUGGAAGGUGUGCAGAGGAGGGUCCCCAAGAUGAUGAAAGGCAUGGAGGCCAAGCUUUCUGGGGAACAGCUGAGGCAGCUGGGGAUGUUUAGUCUGGACAAGAGAAGAUGGAUGGGUGAAUAUUGGAAGGGCUAUCACAUGGAAUAUGGAGCAAACUUGUUUUCUGCUGCUACAGAAGGUAGGACCCAAAUAACCAGAAAGAAGAGUCUGAUGAAACAUUAGGAAGAACUUUACAGUGGUAAGAAUUGUUUGACUGUGGAAUUUACUCCCUUGAGAGGCAGUGGACUGUCCUUCCGUGUAGGUUUUCAAACAUAGGUUGGAUAGCUGUCUGUCAGGAAUUCUUGAGGUGUGAUUCCUGCAUUGCAGGGGGUUUGACCAGAUGACCUGUGGGGAUCCUUUGAAACUCUACAGUUCUAUACUUCUAGGAAACUCUAAAGUAGGUGAGCCUGACUCCAUCCUAGAAGUCCUCUCAACAAGUGGCUGCCCUUUGUUUGCAGAAUGCGACCCCGAUUUUCAAACCCAUCCUGGACAAAGCUUCCACUGUCACCUUUCCUCUCAUCCAUCUUCUGCAACUCCCUGGGAAGCCAAGUCUCCAAUUUCAUCUGCUGAGCUGCCACACGGGAGAGUGUUUGAUUUGUGUGGCCUUGUGCAUUCCUUUAGCUUUCAAGCAUCCAGCUCUGGUCAUGUCCUUCUGAUGGAGAUUACCAGAUAUUUCAUCCUUCCCAGUAGAGGAAGGGAGACCAGUUAAUCACAGACUCAUAGUGCUUGUAGGGGGAGCUUGUAGGCCAUCUCUUCCACCACCUUACCUUAUGCAGGAGAGCCAAACCACCCCCAGCAAACCACUCUCCAGCCUGUUUGAAGCAGUGGCUGGUGCCCUUUGAGACAGAGUGGAAGUCAAGGAGAGCAACAGUAUGGGGACCCGGAAUCAGUGACAGCCAAGUACAUGCAGGUACUGCUAUGCAAAGUUUUUAAACUUUCAUGUUAUCGUGUAUAUAAAAGAGAGGACAGUUAAAACAACAGAUGACAAUUAAAACACAAAACACGAAACUAUAAAAUAGUUACACAGAAUGAAUACACUUGUACACAGGUUAUAAUAGCAAAAUACAAGUAAAGAAAUAUUAACGUUACCUGAUGAUUUAAGUAUAGGUCUGGAUUUGCCAGGCUUUCGACAAGGGUUGUCUUGAAAUUGAUGUUUCUCCUCUAUAUUUAAUGAAAGAAUGCCAAAUCAUAUAAAAAGUGUCUGGAGGCUCUAGUCCUUGCUGACAUCUCAAAUUAUGCAUAAUUUUCUCCAUUAUAGCUAUAUUCCAGAGUGAGUGGUGCCAAGUAUCCCAUGUGAGAUUUGGGGUUGCUUUUCCAUUGUGUUGCAAUUAGCAUUGGCGUUGCCAAGAUCAUAUAUAAGACCGAUUCUUUCGACAAUAUAUCUACACUGGUAUCAUAAAAAAACAUAUUCAGAAACAUUAAUUUGGGGCAGCGAAAAAUAGUUUCUUUAGUAGCAUUUUACAUUCCUGUCAAAAUUAAAUCCCCAAAAUUUCACAAUGCAUACUAUUGAUGCUCAAAGAGAGAAGCUGAAGAUGUAUCAAUGGCAAGGAUGGCACAGAAGGCUGUCUGGCUUGGCAUCUGGCUUCCUGAAAAUUUGUGGACCUUUACCGAUGCCCAGUGACAUCAGCUUCUGGCUCCGGCUCAGAUGAUCACCCAAGAGUGCCUGUUUGCUGACUUUUCUAAGGCUGCUGCUUCCCACAAAGCCCUUUGAAGGUGAUCCACACUCUGUAAACAAGCAUCUGGCCACAACCCUGCUGUGCUUCUUUUUGUGAUGGAAACAAUCAGCUAUAAAUAAACCUCUAGCUUCUGCCCAGAUCUGGUGUGGAGGGGGGAAAGAACUGGAGGAAACUUAAAGGAAAUGUGGAUGUCACCUGCCUCUCAAGGCAUUCCAUCCUGUCAAAUUUCCAUGGGGUGGUUUAAUUUUCGAGAGAGAAGGACUAUCAGAAGCACAUUAGGCCAGUCGUUCAACAUCUGCAUCAGCACUGACCUCUGAACGUGGAGGAUGGAAGAAUUGGAAGCCACUGAUGAACUCUUUUACCUUCAGGUAAUUUCCUGUUAAAGCAAUCUAAGCCUCUAGCCAUCUUGUGGCACUGUGUUCCCAUUUAGCAAAUUGACACUGUGUGAAGAUGGCCCCAAUUCAGCUUCAGGAACUGGGAUUUAGGUAGGUUGGCAUUAAAAAAAUGUGAAUUGAGCCAAAUUUCUCGUCUGUCUCUGCUCCUCAGUAAGAUCAGGGGUUGGCAGGGUUGGGGAAGGGUGCCAGUGACCUGACAGCUGUGACAAUAUGUGUGCUUGCACAAUUCUGGAAUUAAUUUCACCAGAUUCUCCUGGUGGAAUCAGGACAAAGAAGAAGAAGAAGAAGAGGAGGAGGAGGAGGAGGAGUUUGGAUUUGAUAUCCCGCUUUAUCACUACCCUAAGGAGUCUCAAAGCGGCUAACAAUCUCCUUUCCCUUCCUUCCCCACAACAAACACUCUGUGAGGUGAGUGAGGCUGAGAGACUUCAAAGAAGUCAAAGAAGUGUGACUAGCCCAAGGUCACCCAGCAGCUGCAUGUGGAGGAGCAGGGAAUUGAACCUGGUUCACCAGAUUACGAGUCCACUGCUCUUAACCACUACACCACGCUGGCUUUGUGCAACACGAGGAAGAUGUCGGAGGCAAUCAUGCUUCUGAAUACCAGUUGCUGGAAGCUGCAGUGUGUGUGUGUGUGGGGGGGAGUGCUCUUAUGCUCAAGUUUCCCAAUGGCAUCUGGGUGGCCACCAUGACAACAGGACGCUGGACUAGGAGCCACGUGCCAGGAGGAAUGACAAAGGAACGGAAUGUGGAGAAAAUAACUUCAUCCUUAGACAUGUGUGAAAUGCAACUUUGUCACCGGGAAAACUUUUAAUGCCCGAUUUGUUCCCUGCCGUUUGACAUCUCUGCCAUCUGCUGAGACUAAAAGUCCGCUUUGCAUGAUCCUGUUUCCUCCACCCACAAAGGGUUUUUUCUGGGAGCACUGCAGGGCUGUAUGGGGAAUGGUGGUGGUUGGCAGCAACGUUGCCAGCCUCCUUUAACAUGAUUACACUUUCAAGAGUAUAAAUAAUUAUUAAUAAACCAUAAAGAGCAUGGACUCUGUUAGAAAAAGCAGCAGCUAACAGAUGGUCCGUAGUUAACCAUAAAAUUAUUUUCACUUGAAGAGACUGGGUGAUGUAACAGCCUGUGAGAUCCUAGGACCUUUUUUUUAAAACAGGAGCAGAAGGCAUGCAGGGUUUAAAACUUUUAUGAGCGCGGCCCCAUCUGGCUAUGCUUUUGAUGAUACAGUUUAGCCCUUUCUGGUUGAUGGAGGAGAAAACUGGGAAGAAACCAUGCUAGAGGAGAUCUCCUCUUUGAUACAAGGUUUUAAUUUAUGGCAGUUCAUCAAAGCUUUGGCCUAAUAUGCCCCCAAGAGACCUCUGGAUCAUCCUUUGUGGUCUCCAAAUGCGAGGAAGAAGGUACUCCUCUCAAGUUAUCCAUUGUGAAUGUUGAUAUCAGUGUUAUUAAAAUAGUCAGCAGCAGCACACUCUUAUGCAUGUCUGCUCCUAUGCAAACCCUGCAGAGUUCAAUAGGGCUUACCCCCAGGAAAGUUCAUAAUGCACUUUCCCAAUCACCACUUUCCAAAAUUCUCUUUACGAUUGGAAGAGAAUUUCAUUCAGUUUGCAUCCUUCAGGGAAUUCUUCAGAUUUCACAGGUCUUUCACAGGUCUUUGAAUUUUGUGACAUGGGGGGAAAUGUACCAAAAUGCAUAUGGCAUUGUAUAUUUUAAUAAUGAAAUAGGUUUAGAAAUGUGUACAUUGGGAUAAAAUCCACAUUUAAAUAUUUGUUUUGGAGAAAAUAUAUUGAUUGUUUGCACAGACAUUUUGCAGGAGGGAAAAAAAUACAGAUGGAAAUUGAAAUGGGCCAGAGUAGACUUAUGCAUAAAUACUUGUGAGAUAGACAUAGAAUGGAAAUAGGUGGUGUCAAGGCUGCCUCAAGUCUCAGCUCACAAAAGACCAACGCCUAUGUCUUCUUAUAUACAAAGGUGUUUAUUGCAGUUCAUGGUUUGCUUGACAUCCUAGGCGCGCAGCCUUACGUCUCUUACGCUAGACCGCUGAAGUCCCCUCUGAAUCCGUCCCUCCCCUGCACCAAUUUAAGAGACUUGCGCUGCUCCACCUCUUUCUCUCCUUCCUUUUCCGCAGGGUCCUUCUGCCCGCUGGGGUUUCGCCCCUCCUGGAUUCCUCUGACGCUGAAUCCCCAGACUGCUCUUCCCCCUCCUGCGGGCUUUGGGACCUGGCCCCUCCUCCGGGCUCCCUGUACUUCCGCGCGCCUCUACAUUUGAACUAGGCGCGCGCGCCAAACCUCUAACUUUCCUUUUGACAGUUACACUACUCCCUUCACUGCUCCCCUCCCCUUCCGGAAGGCAGCUUGCUCUGACCUCCCUCCUUUUUCUGCUCCCGGAGCUGCUUCCUCUGACACACUGGAAACUCCACCCCCUUCGCUGCACUCUGGUGGGGAGGCUGGUCCUGACGCCCAGCUGCCACUUUGGGAUCCUCCGCUGGCCCCUGCUCCUGACACGUCCCCCUGGGGCUCCCUGGCCUUAACCACCGGCGCCCCCUCUGGGAAUCCUCUGAUUCGCUGGAAAGACUCAUGGAAUCUCUUGAGUCAUUGUCAUCCUCUUCCUCGCUGGCUUGGAAUUCCUCCCCAUCGCUCUCCAUCUCCUGCCUACCCUGUGCCUCUCUCCCUGAACCCCUGACAGGUGGCUUCACCCAUCCCUGCUUCUGAUAGUUGCCUCAUUUUCAGGGUGCAGGGUUUGGGGAGUGCAUUAUUAUUGCAGAGUGGACGUGGGUGCUGAAUAUGUUCUUCCUUCAAGUGAAAAAGGUAAAGGACCCCUAGACGGUUAAGUCCAAUUAAAGGCGACUAUGAGGUUGCGGUGCUCAUCUCGCUUUCAGGCCGAGGGAGCUGGCAUUUGUCCACAGACAGCUUUCCGGGUCAUGUGGCCAGCAUGACUAAAUCGCUUCUGGUGCAACAGUACGCCGUGACAGAAACCAGAGCACAUGGAAAUGCCAUUUACCUUCCCGCCGCAGCAGUACCUAUUUAUCUACUUGCACUGGCAUGCUUUCGAACUGCUAUGUUGGCAGGAGCUGGGACAGAGGAACAGGAGCUCACCCCAUCGUGGGGAUUCGAACCGCUGACCUUCUGAUCAGCAAGCCCAAGAGGCUCAGUGGUUUAGACCACAGUGCCACCCGCUAACCCCCUUCAGGUAAACACUUCUCCAGGACUUUCCAUCCUCUAUGAAUGUUCUGGCUCCCACUGGAUUAAGGACUCAGACUCAGAUUAGUGCUCAAUGCAUGAAGGUCUGACAGAAGCCUACAGCUGUGGGGCUUGCAUGUGUACCCCUGACCCCCUACACACUUUUAACCCUCCUGUGCUUCAGCAACCACAAAUAAGGCCUUUCUCUCUUAAGGUGCUUCAGAGACAGAAAAAUAGUGUGGGUGGCAAUCACUUCACAAAUUUAUUAUUUAUUGCAUUUAUAUCCUACAUGUCUUCCAAGAAGCUCAAGGUGGUAUAUAUAGUUCUCUUCCUCCCUAUUUCAUCACCACAACAACCCUGUGAGGUAGGUUAGGCUGAAAGACUGUGAUCGGCCCAAGCCCAUCCAGUGAGUUUCAUGGAUGAACAAGGUUUUAAUGUCCUUGUAUAGCACUCUAACCACUGAAAAAGGUAGUUUUGGCCUAUCAAAUGCCAGCAUGUGGCUCCCAGGAGAGUUUAUAUGAGGAACAUGAAAAAGGUUGCCCAUUCCUGGCUUACAGAUACAGAGUUGUAGCCAGCUAAGUCCUACUCUGAGUAGACCCAUUGAACUUAAUUGGCCAAAGUUAAUCAUUAAUUUCAGUAGGUUUACUCUGAGUAGAACUAAUAUUGGAUGCAACACCCAGUUCUACAGAAAUAUUCCUCGUCUCAGCUUCUGCUCCCUGAGAUGCAAGAGAGCAAAUUAAUUCUCUCUAAUUGGAGCUUCACUGAAGUAUUCAGAAAUAAGGAAUGAAGCUGGUAUGAGCGAUUCAUCCUAGUUAAAAUGGAGCCGUGGAAUAAGAAAAAAAAGAAACGUAGAAGGCAACAGAGGCCAAUAGAGUUUAAGUAGACAUUUCAAGGAUAAAGAUUAAUAUAAACUAUCAGCAGGGAGGCUGUUGCAAGAUACAAACAAGCUGUUAAGGUGGAGAAUUUAAGGAUUCCUACAAAUUAGUAAUGCAAGGAAGGAUAAUUAAAGGGGGGGAAGCAGCUGUUUGCUUGGAGAAAAAAAAUAUUUUCAUGGCCACCGACAGAAUUGACUGUGCAAAAAUAAAGCAAAACAAAAAAUGAAACAAGGAGGAGUGAAAGGCUAAGAACACAACCAUCUUUUCAAAGUGGAGAUAUUAGUGGAAAGGAAACAUGGAAAUGGAGAUAGAAGUGAGAGACUUGGGACAGAGUAGAAACAGCCACAGCAUAUGAGGGAGACCAAGAUGAUAAAGGAUCUGUAAACCAAGCCUUUUGAGAAAUGGUUGAGGGAGUUGAAGAAGAGGGGACUGAGAUGUGAUAUGAUAGACAUCUUCAAAUAUCUGAAGGGCUGUCAUAUGGAAGAUGGAGCAAGUUUGUUUUCUGCUGCUCUGGAGGGGAGAACCUGAACAGAUGGAUUCAAAUGACAAAAAUGGAAAUUCUGGAUUACUUUCUAAGGGAGUGUAAGAGCUGUUUGACAAUGGAAUAGACUCCCCAGAGGGUUCUGGACUCUUCUUCAUUGGCGGUUUUUAAACAGAGGCUGGAUGGCCAUCUGCCAGAGAUUCUUUAGCUGUAAUUCCUGCACUGCAGAGGGCUGGACUAAAUUCCUCUCAGGGGUACCUUCCAACUCUUCAGUUCUAUGAUUCCAGGAUACCCAUAGCUAUUUCCAUUGCCAAGAAAUGGCGACAGCCCAAAUGAGGUGGUGGAAGCAGGCUUAGAGCUGUCCUAGCAAGCUUUCUGUUGGAGUAAUGUUAGGAUCCUGGACAAGGCCUGGGGUGCUGGUCAGUGCUUAAGAGCAAGGCUUUGGACCAUGGACAGGAGAGCUUAAGGUAAGAACAGGAGAGAAGUUGCUUCAGUACAGUGGUACCUCGGGUUACGUACGCUUCAGGUUACAGACUCUGCUAACCCAGAAAUAGUACCUCAGGUUAAGAACUUUGCUUCAGGAUGAGAACAGAAAUUGUGCUCCGGCGGCACAGCAGCAGGAGGCCCCAUUAGCUAAAGUAGUGCUUCAGGUUAAGAACAGUUUCAAGUUAAGAACGGACCUCCAGAACAAAUUAAGUACUUAACCUGAGGUACCACUGUAUUGACUUGUUGCAGCUGCCAGAGCCUUUUCAUCUUGCCUGGUGGGUCCAGACUGAAGCUCUGUAUGGGAAAUAUGAGGAAGAGGUGUUGUGAUCACAAGGAGAUUGUGGCAUUUCAACAGGUUGUCUCUUUGGGACUUAUGCAGGGCAACUGUAUUAACCUGAAAUUGCUUAGCUAAUAAUAGAAUAAGAAUGUAAGAAGAGCCCUACUGGAUCAGCCCCAUGGCCCAUUUAGUCCAUCCUGUUCUCACAGUGGCCAACCAGAUGCCUGUCGGAAGCCCCCAAGUAGGACAUGAGUGCAAGAGCACUCUGCCCGCCUGCAAUUUCCAGGAACUGAUAUUCAGAGGCUUACUCCCUUUGACAGUGAAGGUAGAACUCAGCCAUUGUGGCUAGUACUCACUGAGAGCCUUGUUCCCCACCAAUUUGUCUAAUCCUUUUAGGAUGCAUCCUUUAAAGAGGUAAUUAUGCAUAGAAAUGUAUGAUGUCACUGGAAAGGGGUGUGGUCUUCUGGUAAGACCACAGUCAUAUGGGUGAUGGGAUUCCUUUAAAGGCCAUCACAAUAAGGCACUGGACAGCUGCCCAGGCGUCAUUGACGUAGGAGGUCACCAUAGGAGUAAUGAGCUAUCACCCUUGGCUACUGGCCAGUCUUUUGAAGUCACCAGUCAGGGGAGUGGAAAGGUUUGGUGGCAUCAUCUUGAUUAGCCUUUGGCUAAUUAAACAAUCUAUGGCAUUUCAAACUGUGAGGGAGGGUGGUUAUCCUUUUUUGUUACUAGGUAAUGUAUUUUUGUGUUACAGUGGUACCUCUGGUUGCGAACGGGAUCCGUUCCAGAGCCCCGUUCGCAAAAUGAGCAGAAUGCAACCCGUGUCUGUGGGCCGGGAUUCGCUGCUUCUGCACAUGCGCGUGAUGUCAUUUUGCGUGUCUGCAGAUGCGCGAGCGGCCAAACCUGGAAGUAACCCUUUCCGGUACUUGGCCGCGGGAUGCAACCUGAAAAUGUGCAAACGUAACAAGAGGUAUGACUGUAUUAUAUUGUAAACUGCCCUGUUAUCCUCAGAUGUCAUUAUUCAAUAAAGAAGAAGAAGAAGAAGAAGAAGAAGAAGAAGAAGAAGAAGAAGAAAAACCCAGUAGUGCCCUUGCUUAA